AUGUUUUCAAUGAAGAAAAAAAUCCCACGGUGUCACCAAGUCAUAUUUAAAGCUGUCAAUCAUCGCUCUCAUCAGCCUAUCAGCUUCUCCAUGGUGAAAAAGGGAGCCACCAUUUCUGGCAAAUGCGAGCUCUGUCUCCCAAAUCCCUCCUCACUGAGACCUGGGGCUGUUUUCAUCACUAAUUGCUCAGAGCCAGACCGUGGCGGGAAAAUCCUGUAUCUCUGCCUGGCUGCUCAGUACCACCUUUGUUCCUCAUACAGUGGCUCAUACCCAAGUCACAACAUUUCAAAUUUAUCUUGUUACUAA